GUGCGGGGGUCCGGCGGGGAGACACGGACGGACGGAGACAGACAGACAGACCGCCCGCGCCGCGGCGCCCCCCGACGUCCCGCCCCGCAGGUAACUGAGGCCAGAGGAGGACAGCGAGCGGAGGCGGCCACCCCUACCAGGCCCCAUCGAGCUGUGGCGUGGGCAGAGCGGCGGGCACCAUGAGCGUCGGCUUCAUCGGGGCCGGCCAACUGGCCUUUGCCCUGGCCCGGGGCUUCACGGCAGCAGGCGUCUUGGCCUCCCACAAGAUCACAGCAAGCUCUCCCGACAUGGAACUGCCCACGGUUUCUGCUCUCCGGAAAAUGGGGGUGAACCUGACCCCGAAUAACAAGGAGACGGUGCAGCACAGCGAUGUGCUCUUCCUGGCCGUGAAGCCCCAUAUCAUCCCUUUCAUCCUGGACGAGAUCGGCGGGGACAUCGAGGACCGGCACAUCGUGGUGUCCUGCGCCGCCGGCGUCACCAUCAGCUCCAUCGAGAAGAAGCUGACGGCCUUCCAGGCGGCGCCCAAGGUGAUCCGCUGCAUGACGAACACCCCCGUGGUGGUGAGGGAGGGGGCCACGGUCUACGCCACGGGUACCCACGCCCAGGUGGAGGAUGGGAAACUCCUGGAGCAGCUGAUGGGCAGCGUGGGCUUCUGCACGGAGGUGGAGGAGGACCUCAUCGACGCCGUCACCGGGCUGAGCGGCAGCGGCCCGGCUUACGCCUUCACCGCCCUGGAUGCCCUGGCCGACGGCGGGGUGAAGAUGGGGCUCCCCCGGAGACUGGCCGUCCGACUCGGGGCCCAAGCUCUGCUGGGAGCGGCCAAGAUGCUCCUGGAUUCGGAACAACAUCCCGGGCAGCUGAAGGACAACGUCUGCUCGCCCGGAGGGGCCACCAUCCACGCCCUGCACUUCCUGGAGAGUGGCGGCUUCCGUUCGCUGCUCAUCAACGCCGUCGAGGCCUCCUGCAUCCGCACGCGGGAGCUGCAGUCCAUGGCGGAUCAAGAGAAGAUCUCCCCCGCCGCCAUCAAGAAGACGCUUCUGGACAAGGUGAAGCUGGAGUCCCCCUCCAACCGGGUCAAGUUUUUUAACCGCAGCCAGGGAUCCGGGGGCAAAAAGGAUUGAGGGGCGGUGGGUGGAGGGGGCCAUUAAGCUCCCUCGCUCUCCCCUCGUCGACCCCUCCCCGUUCUCCAUCCCCCCCCCUUCCCCUUCCCGAAGAGGAGAGGUCUUCCCAGAUCGGUAGGAUUCCCUCGACUGUCCGCGGCGCUGACGGGGCAGAGCCGGGGGUCGGUUAAUCCAGUAAUGGUACUUAUUGAGCGCCGGCUCGGUACGAUUCCUGCCCUCAAGGAGCGUACGGUCGGGCGGGGAGAAGGAGCCCGGGUUUCUGUCCCCCCCCCCCCGUAAGCGAGUCCCCCGCCACGGGCAUCCCGCCGGGACCAACCCCCACUCCCCCGCACAUCAGUUCGGGUCAGCGGGGGGCUUCUCUCCCUCUCCAAGCAGUCAGGCUGACCUCUUCAAGGUCACCCCCAGGACCUGGGUUCUAAUCCCGGCUCUUCCGGGUGACCUCGGGCCGGUCGCUUGGCUUCCUCGUCUGUCACACGGCGAGCCGGUGCCCAGUCUCCCUCCCGCUCGGGUUGCGAACCCUGGGCGGGGCAGGGGUUGAGUCCAACCUGAUUGACUUGAAUCUCCGCCACCGCUUAGUGCAGUGCUUGGCGCGUAGUAAGCACUUACUACCCUCAGCAUCGUCAUCAUUUGGAUUAUCCUAAGGACCCCCCCCACCCGCCAUCAACUCUGGGGAAGGUCACCCAACCCCCGGCCCCCCAAAAAAGCAUCACGGCCCCAUCCCGGAAAAACCUAGCGUAAUUUAUUGCCUCCAGUGGGAAGACCCAGCCCUAUCUCUGUGUCCCUGGGCAAGACGCUCUGCCUCUCUGUGCCUCAGUUUCCCCAUCUGAAGUCCGGGGACACCGAGACACCCCGGGAUUCCUCCCCCACCCAAACAAUAAACUUUUUGCUCGUCA